AUGAAUGACAGGCCCUCCCUAGCAGAUGCCCAGUAUGCUGUGGCUGUAUCUCCUUUCUCUCCACAGUGUCUCAUCGUAGGAGGAGGACCAUGUGGCUUGCGGACUGCCAUUGAACUUGCCUACCUGGGAGCCAAAGUGGUUGUCGUGGAGAAGAGGGACACCUUCUCCCGGAACAAUGUGCUGCACCUCUGGCCCUUUACCAUCCACGACCUGAGGGGCCUAGGAGCCAAGAAGUUCUAUGGGAAAUUCUGUGCUGGCUCCAUCGACCACAUCAGUAUCCGUCAACUGCAGCUCAUUCUGUUCAAGGUGGCCCUGAUGCUGGGAGUGGAAAUCCAUGUCAAUGUGGAAUUUGUGAGGGUUCUAGAGCCUCCUGAAGACCAAGAAAAUCAAAAAGUCGGCUGGCGGGCAGAAUUCCUCCCUGCAGACCACGCCCUGUCUGACUUUGAGUUUGACGUCAUCAUUGGUGCUGACGGCAAUAGGAACACACUGGAAGGGUUCAGGAGGAAGGAGUUCCGAGGAAAGCUGGCCAUCGCCAUCACUGCCAACUUCAUAAAUAGGAAUAGCACGGCUGAGGCCAAAGUAGAGGAGAUCAGUGGUGUGGCUUUCAUCUUCAACCAGAAGUUCUUUCAGGACCUUAAGGAAGAAACAGGGAUUGAUCUCGAGAACAUUGUUUACUACAAGGACUGUACUCACUACUUUGUCAUGACAGCCAAGAAGCAGAGCCUGCUGGACAAAGGCGUCAUCAUUAAUGACUACAUUGACACAGAGAUGCUGCUGUGUACUGAGAAUGUGAACCAGGAUAACCUGCUCUCCUAUGCCCGAGAAGCCGCAGAUUUUGCCACCAAUUACCAGCUGCCAUCCUUAGACUUCGCCAUAAAUCACAAUGGGCAGCCUGAUGUGGCCAUGUUCGACUUUACCUCCAUGUAUGCCUCGGAGAACGCAGCCCUGAUGCGUGAGCGCCAAGCACACCAGCUGCUUGUGGCCCUUGUGGGUGACAGCUUGCUUGAGCCAUUUUGGCCCAUGGGCACAGGCUGCGCAAGGGGCUUCCUGGCAGCCUUUGACACGGCAUGGAUGGUAAAGAGCUGGGACCAGGGCACCCCUCCCCUGGAGGUGCUAGCCGAAAGAGAAAGUCUUUACCGGUUGUUACCUCAGACAACCCCAGAGAACAUCAACAAGAAUUUUGAGCAGUACACACUGGACCCAGCAACACGAUACCCAAACCUCAACUUGCACUGCGUGAGGCCUCACCAGGUGAAGCAUUUAUACAUCACUAAGGAGCUGGACGGCGUCUCUCUCGAGGGAUGGGGCUCAGUGCGGAGAUCUGUUAGCCUCUCCAGGCGGGAGUCAGACAUCCGGCCUAACAAGCUUUUAACCUGGUGCCAGCAGCAGACAGAGGGUUACCAGCAUGUCCACGUCACUGACCUGACCACAUCCUGGCGCAGUGGCCUGGCCCUGUGUGCCAUCAUUCACCGCUUCCGACCAGAGCUGAUCAACUUUGACUCACUGAAUGAAGAUGACGCUGUGGAGAACAAUCAACUGGCAUUUGAUGUGGCCAAGCGUGAGUUUGGGAUCCUGCCAGUGACUACAGGCAAAGAGAUGGCAUCGAAUCAGGAGCCUGACAAGCUCAGCAUGGUCAUGUACCUCUCCAAGUUCUAUGAGCUCUUCCGGGGCACCCCACUGAGACCCAUGGAUUCCUGGCGUAAAAACUAUGGAGAAAAUGCUGACUUUGGCUUGAGCAAAUCAUUCAUUCCUAAUAACUAUCUCAACCUCACAUUUCCCAGGAAGAGGACCCCACGGGUAGACACCCAGACUGAAGAGAAUGAUAUGAACAAGAGGCGGCGACAGGGCUCCAACAAUCUGGAAGAGCUGCCAGCCUUCUCCAGCCGUAGCUUGGGCUCCAUUCAAGAGUGUGCUAGAGAAAGUGGCAAUCAGAACAAAGUCAAGUCCAUGGCCAAUCAGCUAUUAGCCAAGUUUGAGGAGAGCACACGGAACCCUGCAGCUCUGAAACAGGACUGCCACCGUGUCUCCGGCAUAGGUAAGCCUGUCUUGUGCUCUGCCUCUCGCCCUCCUGCUACCUCUCGCUGCCCCAAGCUGGAGGAGUCCACUCCCAGGCUUCCACCACCUCUGAUAAGGCAGUUCUCUUCUGUGGUGACAGCAGGACAGGUGCUCAGAGAACUCAAUCAAGUUCCUGCUAGUGGCGAGUGCCCAAGCAGACCCUGGAGAGCCAGGGCCAAGUCAGACCUGCAACUGGGCGGGCCAGAAAAUCUCGCUGCCCUACCUCCCACCUGCCAAGGGGCACUGGCCCUCUCUGGGGUGCUGCGGCGGCUGCAGCAAGUAGAAGAAAAGGUUCUUCAGAAGAGGGCCCAGAACUUGGCUAACAGGGAAUUCCACAAAAAGAACAUUAAAGAGAAGGCAGCUCACCUGGCCUCCAUGUUUGGAAACGGGGAUUUCCCACAGGAUAAACUGUCUAAACGUCUGCCUCACACUCAUUCUCCAUCUCCUCCCUCUUGCCUUCCGUCUCCUGAUCCAGCUGCUCUUUCCUCUCCACCAGCUGCCGACUCUGUUUCUCCUGCCAGAAAGCUGACAGUAGGGAAAGUGUCCAGCGGAAUAGGGGCUGCAGCUGAAGUUCUGGUCAAUCUGUACUUGAAUGAUCACAGACGUAAGACACAGGCCACCUCUCCAGACCUGGAAUCCGUGAAAAAGGCAUUUCCCCUGAGCCUGGGUGGCAGCGACACCUGCUACUUUUGUAAGAAGCGUGUGUACGUGAUGGAGAGGCUGAGUGCUGAAGGUCACUUUUUCCAUCGUGAGUGUUUCCGAUGCAGUGUCUGCGCCACCACCCUGCGCCUGGCUGCCUAUGCCUUUGACUGCGAUGAAGGCAAAUUCUACUGCAAGCCCCAUUUCAUUCACUGUAAAACCAACAGCAAACAACGCAAGAGACGGGCAGAGCUGAAGCAGCAAGGAGAGGAGGAAGGGACAUGGCAGGAGCAGGAAGCCCCUCGGAGAGACACCCCCACGGAAAGCUCUUGUGCAGUGGCGGCCAUCAGCACGCCAGAAGGCAGCCCCCCAGGUAUCUCCACCUCCUUCUUUAGGAAGGCACUGAGCUGGCCUUUCAGGCUGACAAGAGGCCUGCUCGACCUGCCCCGGAGCCUGCUUAGGUGGAUGCAGGGACUCCUGAAUGCUGCUGGCCACCAUGUCAGAGACAAUGCUCACAACUACUGCUUCACAGUUGAGGUCCUGAGCAUGGGGCUGCUGCUUCUCUGGGCCUUCUCUGAGGUCCUGGCCGUCAUGUACAGGGAGUCUGAGGAAUCCCUAGAGAGCAUCCGCACUUGGUUGCUCAGGUUCAUCCCAGUGAAGCUGCAGUGAGGCACAUGCUGACCCACAGUGCCCUAACAUUUCCAAGUGUAGACUGCGACGUAGUUUGCUCAGGUUCUGGCCGGUGUCUGUAACCAAUUAGCUCCAAGCCAAAGAGUCCCAUCCUGGUCACUUCCACCUGGCUUUGACAGGGUCGAGCAUCUAUUCAUGGUGCUAGGGCCAGGAAAAACAUGAAGGAUUUUUUUUUGUUUUUUUUUAAAGGAACAGCUUUGUAUUGUUUUGUCUUUUCAUACCAAAGUGAGCCAUAUUUCUAGGUUUACAUUUCAAUUUUUAACUUUUCAUAAGCCAAAAAAAGCAUUAUUUUUCUACAAGUAUCAGUACUUCCAACAGUUUCAACUUUUAUCACCAGUUUUACAAGGCCUUUGCACUUGGCAAUGAAUUGAGAUUUGUUUCUUCCAGCAAAGUUAAUGAGCUGAGACUUUAGAGCCACAAAAGAGGGCUAUCACCAGACCAAUGCCUUUUGAUUUUUGCAUACAGAUGCCAUCUGUUCACAAUGGGUGCUGCAUUUGUUUGUUUAUAAAAACACAUAUAUGUAAAAUCAGUAAGGUUAAAAGAAGUUAAGUAGAGGUGUAGAAUAUACCACAAUUAACCAAAGCACACAGCAGUGUGUCAAUGCUAUCUGUCCUCAGGGUCAGGGAGAAGUAUUUUUACUCCUAUCUUUUGAAGUCAAAAAGUAGCCUAAAAGCUUUCCCUCAUGCCCAUCCAAUCACAGCCAAUGGCAUAGAGCCAUGGGGCUACCACACUGCAAACAUACAUUUUCCUCCCACUAAUGGGUACUACAGUGAAGCCGAUCAGCACUUGGCCCUGAAUAGCUGUCAGGCUGAUGUAAUGCUGAGGACAAACUAUUUCAGAUGGUGUCCUUUUCACCCCUAUCCAGUCCCCAGCCCAGGCUGCAGGCUGAGUCAAAGUCACUGAGGGCCAUCAUGGUCAGGCUGUCUCUCCCUGGUGUCCUUUAAACCUGAGGGUACUUGCUGACCCUGAUCAGUGAGCCUUGAUGGUGGCUGCUCAGUCAUGUGUCACCUACUUACAAUCAGAGACCCUUCUCCUAGUGCCCCAGAAAAAGAAGAGUGUCUGGUCUUUGGGUAGUUUCAAGCCCAAAGUGUUUUCUAUACUGGGUGUCUGGAAAAGCCUACAGCUGUCCCCACCCAACUCUGUGAUGCUCAGCUUCUUCAGCAGGUUGAGCAACUGGAGGGUUGAUAAGGACCUUCUAGGUACUCAGGGUAUCUACAGUCACUGGGUACAAUACUGCUGUGGAGAGCUGUGACCACUAGAGUGCCCUCCAAGAUUAAGAAGGUCUGGUUUAAAGACAAGGCAUCUUGAAAGCUUUGACAUAAGUUUCUGUAAGGUAGGGAAAGAGGGGUGCAUUUCUACAGAGUCUGUUCUGAAGUCAUGGGAAAGACAGGGCAUGACUGUGAUCAAGUCUAUGGGAACCAGCACCUCUGACCUUGCUGGAACUGUUGCCAGCGUGAUGACGUACAUUGUAUUUGCCCCACUUGUAGCUGGGGUUUUAAUGGUCAAGCAUGAUGGGAGAAGCCCUUGAGUCCUAUUAUGUUUCAUUAUGCCACAUGAACUCUUGAAGGUCACAUUAUAGUGAUUUUCUCCAGCUCAGGGUGGGCUGGGAUGCACUGUGGAAUGCUCUGGGAAGCCAGAGUGAACUCUCUAAAAAAUGUCUUUUAUAGCCAUAAGGAGGCUGGUUUGAAUUACUCUGGUAGACAGGGUGUGUCUGUCACAAGGCCUAGACAUCUGUAUGUGUUGAGACCUUGAACCUUCCUGGUGGGCAACAGCAGGGGCAGGUCCUGGGAGACAGACACUCCAGAAAUGAAUUUGCCUGGAGGAUGAGUGUGAAACCCCAGAGUACAAUGGACACCGAGGGGCUAGUGGGGCUGAAGGGCCUGGGAACAUUUGUGGACAAAACUGGGGUUCUAUGAAUAUGCAGAUGCGGUGCAUCCACUCUUGGAAAUGAAUGGCUGGCCGCCAGCAGGAAGGUCUGUCUCUCCCAAGCACACAGUUGUUUGUGGCAGGACAGUGGCUGUUCUGUUUCCACCUCCGAUGCCUUUUCCUCUUGUGAUUUGGACUUGUUUUACUCCCUCGCUAAGUCCUCCUUUCUGUCUUUCUCUUUCCAACCUUACUCUGUGGCCGCCAGUGCGUUUCAGCCUUCCAGUCCUUCACCCACUUCUUGGCUGACACUCCUGCUCUAAGGUGACUGAUUUUCUUGGCAAUUUUCAGAGAGAGGUACUAACCCCCACCCUGCUUCCCACACCCCUUCCUCUGCGUCAGUGGUACUGGUAGCACUAAUGGUGUCUUGCAUACUAAUGGGCUUCCUAAGGCAUGAGUGGUUAGCAGCAUGGGGUGGGGGUCAGCUUGAAAGCUGUGUUCUGCUUUCCCUUCUUUGGAGCCAGCCACCAACCUGGGUCCACAACAAGUGCAUGCCCCCUCACCCCCCAUCCCUGCCACCUCGGGCUGGCCUCUAUGCAUGCUUUCUCAGUUGCACCUUCAAAACCUCUUAUCAUCUUGGGAGGGUUUGCCAUGAUCAUGAGACAAUACCAUAUAAGAAAGGCUCUGAGGCCUUUGAAAACUUUUCUGCUUAGUGACCUUUUUAAAAGGACAUGUCUAGGAAUAUCUUCUUCAGUCAGUUCUAAUACGAAGAAGAUUACCGAUGCCUUUGAUUGGAACCAUAAGUGACUCAGUGUGGUGAAGUUUUAAGAGUAGACUUGUUCCAAGACUCUGUGUGGCCAGACUGACCCAUGCCCUGUGCGGUGAAUACAAUAAAACUAGCAAGCCCGUCCUCUGUUUCAGCAGUUAAUCCUAGGGCCUUGCCAUGCAUUUCAUAUGCCUCUGGGCUCCUAAGUCCCUACUGGUUCACAAACUUUAAUCAGAGCAGUCAUGGCCAUAGGAAAAGGGCUGGCUUUCAGAAAUAAUGCAGGUCAGCCACUGUCCAUGCUCCUGUCAGUCUAUCUAAAGCACAUAGUCCCUCUGCUCAUUUACCUGGAACAGUGGGAUGGUCACAUGCUACUACAAAAACGUGGUCACAGGGAGGGCAGAGAGCAGAUGUGAGUCCAGCCCCAUGUCCCCAGACUGCAGUCAGAGUCUGUCUCUCAUACUAGAGCCGCCCUGCCCUUCAGCUUCUGCCCAGCCCUGCAUGCUGCACUUGCUUGCUGCAUUGGAGCAGAACCCAGCCAGUACAAAGCCCUCUCCUCUCCUCUCUUCUUCUCUUCCAGCAUUCCCCUCUCUAAAAUGUCAACCAAAGAGAGCCCCCCUUGCUCUCAGCCUCUUUAGCUAGCCUCCUCCCCAUCUCAUGGCAAGGCAUGUCUGUGACCCUAGAAAAUUCAUUUACAGUGCCAUAUGGAACCCUGUAUUUUCCACAUAGCAAAACGAUGUUUAGGUUUAUUUAUGAUAUUUGAUGCUGUAAAUGAAAAAUAAAUAUGGUUCUUUAUAAAGCUCA